UGGCGCCAUAUUUCCAAUAAGGAAAUAUAACAAGAACGCGUCUGGCUCCAAGUGGUGGAGUUAAGUGACCGUAACGUUAUUUUUUAUUGUGUUUUUCAGUUUUCUUACAGAUUUACCAAUAUAUGGUGAAAUGUUUAUUACGGACAUAAGGAAAGAAUUCUACGAUGUUGUCGUGAACCAGAGAGUUGCCCUCCUGGUGUCAUUGGAUAUCGAUGCACUCUGCGCAUGUAAGAUCUUACAGGCACUGUUUCACUGUGACCAGGUCCAGUACACCUUGGUACCAGUGACAGGAUGGCAAGACCUCGGAACCGCAUUCCUAGAGCAUAAGGAACAAUUCCGUUAUUUUGUCCUGAUCAAUUGUGGGGCUAAUGUUGAUCUCCUGGAGACCCUGCAGCCAGAAGAGGACUCCAUCUUCUUCAUCUGUGAUACACACAGACCUGUGGAUGUAGUCAAUGUCUACAAUGAUACCCAGGUCAAGCUGAUGAUAAAGCAGGAUGAUGACCUUGGAGUGCCCUCUUAUGAUGAUAUUUUCCGUGAUGAAGAGGAAGAAAGUGGUGACUCUGGGAAUGAGAGCGAUGGUGACCCUGAGCCUUCUGGGAAACGAAGGCGAUAUGAGGAGGGGGCCGUGGAAAGAAGAAUUGAACGGCAGCGAGCAAAGCGAGAGUGGGAGGCGAGAAGACGUGAGAUCCUGUUUGACUAUGAGCAGUAUGAAUACCAUGGGACUUCAGCUGCAAUGAUGAUAUUUGAGCUGGCUUGGGUGCUGACCAAGGACACCAAAGAUAUGCUGUGGUGGGCUGUGAUUGGGCUGACUGACCAGUGGGUGCAUGAUAAAAUCACUCAUAUGAAGUAUGUAACCGACAUCGCUACCCUACAGCGCCAUGUCUCUCGUCACAACCACCGGAAUGAGGACGAGGAGAAUUCGCUCUCCAUCGACUGCAUGAGGAUUUCCUUUGAGUAUGAUCUGCGUCUGGCCCUGUACCAGCACUGGUCCCUGUAUGAGAGUAUCUGUAACUCCAGUUACUCCUCCUGCCACUUCAAGCUGUGGUCCAUGCACGGUCAGAAGAAACUCCAGGAGUUCCUUGCUGACAUGGGUCUGCCCCUUAAGCAGGUGAAACAGAAGUUCAACUCCAUGGACAUGUCAAUCAAAGAGAACCUGCGAGAAGUCAUAGAAGAAUCCUCCAACAAAUAUGGUAUGAAGGACAUCCGUAUUCAGACAUUUGGGGUUCACUUCGGCUUCAACAACCGAUUCCUGGCCAGUGACGUGGUGCACGCUGCUGCCGCCCUGCUGGAGAACACUGAGAAGGACGAGAGCCCCGGAGACAACUUCAUCAAGGCCCUUGACUGCCUCUCUCGGAGUAAUUUGGAGCGUCUCCAUGGGGGCAUUGCCCUGGCUAAGAAGAAGCUGAUGGCCAUACAACAGACUGUAGCCAGCUGCAUCUGUACCAACCUCAUACUGUCACAGGGACCUUUCCUCUACUGCUACCUCUUGGAGGGCACUCCAGACGUGAAGCUGUUCUCCAAGCCCAUGGCUUUGACUUUGCUCUGCAAGUACCUGCUAAAAGCCUUUGUCUGCUCUACCAGAAAUAAGCGCUGUAAACUGCUGCCCUUGAUCAUGGCUGCUCCCAUGGACGUGGAGAAGGGAACGGUCCUUGUUCUGGGCAUUCCCCCGGAGUCUGACACCUCAGACAAGAAGAAUUUCUUCGGCCGUGCUUUUGAGAAGGCAGCUGAGAGCACCAGUUCCAGAACUCUCCACGACCACUUUGACACCUCCAUCAUUGAGCUAAAAAUGGAGGACCGAACAAAGUUCCUGGAUGCCCUCAUCACUCUGCUAUCCUAAGGAGCGGGUUGAGGUAGUGCUCCUAUAGCUUAAGUGUAAUUUUUAUUCUGGGAGGGACUUUGUCAGUACAAGAAGGUUCAAUGUCUCCGGUGUGCUUUUACUUUCAGUCUAUGAACAAUACUUUCCUUAUUUUGUAUAUUUAUUUUUCAUGUCCGUAACCUUUGACACCAUAUCUAUCUGUAGUGUACAGUUUUAUCUAGUGGGUGUGUGUGAUGAUUUUAAUGUUUUUACUGUCAUGUAAAUAGUUCUGUAUUUUUUUUAA